UCUUAUGGCAAAGGCAAGGUCAGAUAAUAAGUCAAAAGGCACCCCGUCCUCGCUGUACAACGAGCGUAUGUAAUAGUCCACCUGAACCUCCACUUGAAAAAUUCAAUUGCCCCAAUGAACAGCCUGAGAACACGUUCGAGCAUUUUGGAGCAUUUUGGAGCCUAUCCAGACUAAAUCCCCCCCCACGCCUGAGCGCCGUAGUCCCGAGCCCCCAUACUUACGAACCCGGAAUCUUGCGGAUGACGACAGGUACUACCUCUACCAAACGGGGCUUUAAAUGGGGAACUGCUUCUCCCAUAUUCUUCGCUGUUACUCUUUCAGGCCACUAUUUUUCCACUUUCAAGCCCACGGUCAGCCCAUAUCAUGAAGUCAAAGCAACAACAACAACAGCAGCCUAUCACGGCUUCCCACAAUGAGACCGUACCUACUACCGAGACGACUAUCGCCCAUCAAGAAAUCUCUCAAAAGGGAUGGAUCGUUGGAGGAAAAUAUCGGGAGACAGUUUGCGAGGAGGAUUCACAAGAGUUUGAGAGCCAGCUAUUACAGGAGGUAGACAUUGAUCUUCCUCUUACCGUGACCAAGCCUACAGAACAUAAUGGCCAGCACUUUAUUGUUUUAGAGUUUUCUGAGGGGGAUAAUGAAAAUCCCUUCAAUUGGAGUGGGAGGAGAAAAGCUUUUAUCAGUCUUCUUCUUUGUUUGAUGACUCUCUUUAUCGGCCUUGCCACGACAGCAUACAGCUCGGGUAUUUCUCGAAUGACUGAAGAUUUGGGUGUUUCAUCAGAACUGGGACAAUUGGGACUCUUUACUUUCAACUUCACCUGUGCCCUCGCACCGCUCUUCCUGGCCCCAUUCUGUGAGCUGGCAGGUCGACGAGUCAUUUACGUCGGUGCUUAUGUCUGCUUCGCUCUCAUGUUCAUUGGCCUCUCAUUAGGCAAGAACAUUGCCACCAUCCUGGUCUGCCGCGCCCUUCUGGGUCUCUUUGGCUGUGUUGGCACCAUCCUCGUCGGUGGCACAUUUGGAGAUAUGUAUACUCCUGCCCACCGUGCCAUCCCUAUGGCCUCCUUCGCCUUCGUCGCUAUCUUCGGUACCGUCGCCGCUCCCAUCUACGCUGGUUUCAUCGACCAAGCUCUCGGCUGGCGAUGGGUUGAGGGUAUCCAAGGUCUGGCUAAUAUCCCCUUGGUUAUUGUCAUUACACUCUGUCUCCCCGAGACCCGUGGUGGCGUAACCCUCAGCAAGCGGGCCAAGAUGAUUCGCCAAUCUACUGGCGAUGAGCGCUUCGUCACCCACAACGAUCUCGAAGCACCCGGUAUCAAGGAGAUGCUGCAUAACUCCUCUGUCAAAGCCAUUCAGAUGCUCUUCUCUGAGCCUGUUGUCUUUGCCUUCGGUCUUUGGAUCAGCUUUGCUUGGUUCCUGACCUUCCUAUUCCUCUCUGCUAUUCCCAUCACCUAUCAGGAGAAGCGUGGCUGGAAUGAGGGUAUAUCAGGCCUGCCCUACAUCGCUCUUUGUGUCGGCACUACCAUCGGUUUCGGUCUCAAUUUCUUCCAAAUUCGAAAGUAUGAAUCUAUCAUUGCCGACCCCAACAGAGAGGCUCAGCCCGAGGCUCGACUCUACGGAGCUUUGUGCGGUGCAGCUUGGCUCCCCAUUGGUCUCUUCAUCUACAGCUUCACCCAGUAUAAGGAGCUCUUCUGGUUUGGCCCCAUCGUCGGCCUGGUGCUGAUUGCCAUUGGCAUCUUCUUCAUUUUCGAAUCCUGCUACAGCUACACCUCGGACUGCUAUGGCGAGAACUCGUCUUCUGCCAUUGCUGGUCAGGGCUUUAUGCGUAAUACUCUCGGUGCUGUGUCACCAUUGUUUGCUUCUCAAUUCUUCCACAAUCUUGGUAGCCAGUAUGCCGGUCUUUUGCUGGCUCUUGUUGCUGCAUUCCUCACAUUGAUUCCGUUCGUGUUGUUUAAGUUUGGACCUGAUUUGCGGGCACGAUCCAAGCUAGCAAGUACUACUGUCAGCCUCGGUACGGGCAGUCUGUAGGUCUAGAAGACAAAGUGAGGGAGUUAUUUACGUCACAAAAGAGAAUAAAUAGGCACCAGAAAAAGCGAUGAAUCAGAUGGUUAGGUAACUGUGACUCAUGUACAUACAAGAAAUGAACUCACAAUUCUUAAAUUCCCACGCCAAACAGCUUCUUUCUCUCAGUCGAUG